AUGAUUGAGAGUAAUCUGAAUUCUCAACAAGACCGGAAUGCCUUCAUUUGCACGAGCCCACAUUUUGCCCUCAUGUUCGACGACAAACUCUACAAACACAAUUCGCCUCACGAACACGCUUACGUUGUCCUCUGGGCAGCUCAACGUGGCCUCGCCGGCACAAUUCGCAAGUGCCUGAAGGCCGGUGCCAAGAUUCCACGGCGAGAUAGAUUCAGAUCUCAUUUGGCCGAUCGUGAUGCCCCCGAGUCUUUGAAAGUCAUUCCACGACACCCAAAAUCACACCCCUUGACCGCAGCAGCUGCAAUUGGUUCGAAUUCUUGCGUUUGUCUUCUCCUUAAACAAGGCGUCAGCCCCAACUUGUUGGACGAACACUACGAAACCCCGAUGAGACAAGCUGCGGGAAAUGGCCAUGUGCACAUUGUAAAGCGGUUGCUUUUUCACGAUCCAUCCCUAUUCGAAGGCGCGUUCAAGCUGCGACGACCUCUCAAGCUUGCUGCAGCUCGUGGUCAUUUGCCCGUGCUCAAAGUCCUCUUCUCUUUCCUCAAGUAUGGCGAUCAAAGUCUCACCGUCAAAGAUGCUGCACAAAUCAUCCUGUACGAAGGACUCUGGCACUGCAAGGAAAGUGUCGUCAGAUAUGCGCUCGAGAAGGGUGCCGACGUUAAUGACGAUAAUUCAGAGUUUUCGUUGCGCUUUGCUCCCGAUUUGCGACCAGAGGAUUCAUCUGAGAUGGUAUCUCGAAAGAGGCUAAUCCAAUCCAGCAAAGCCAGAGAGAUCAUUCGAGGGACCAGCACACCUGGCUGGUCAUACGAAGUACCCAAUACACUUCAUGCUGCCCUCAUUGGUGGUGAUGCGGAUCUAAUUCAGUUGAUCAUUGCCCACGAUUUUGAAAUUGCUCGGGUUAAGCAAAUCAUACGAGACGCAUGCUUUCGGGCAAAUACCGAACUGAUCUCCCGGAUGACAAAAUUCGGGAUCACGCUCACCUCUAAGAUGUUCCAUGAGUUUCUCAACGGUGCAGAUCCGCUUUGGAAGAAUUUCAUGAAGACCAACAUUGACAAAAUCGAGGAAGAACUUUGUCUCAAGCCUUGA